AUGUCCUCUAUGCUGGAUGUCGGCGAUGUCAAGCCGCCUACAUACGACGAUACAGUCAACGAGUCUAGGGUGCAACUCAGCUGCGGAGAAACACCGACACUCUUCCUAGACCGGACAACCAUCUUCGCCAACACCGAUCCACCUCGUGCGCUGUACGAGCUCAGCAACAAUGUCUGCGAGGCAAAAUCAAUCAUUUACGCUUUGCAAAAAGUCGCCUACAGGGUUACUUCCUCGGCCGGUGGCGAUAAGAUCAGGACAAGGCUCGACCAUAUUUACGACAUUUCGCUCGACCCGCUGACGGGAUUUGACAUGGCCAAACUCCACGACGUGGUAGUCAUAGAGGGGAAAAUGAGUUCGAAGAGGACGUACAAGCAAAAUCAUCUCGUGCCGGGCGUAUCUUCGUGGAAGGUAAAGGACCACUUCAAGGCCGGCGAGAGCGCAGUGCAACAGCUCAAGCACGCGAACGAGAUUCACUGGAAGAACAUGCAGGGCGACAUCAUUGCCGUCGAGACCGUGGCGAAGCGGGAUGAGAAGAAGAACUUGACGGGGUUGCCCCAGCUUGAGAUCAAGGUUGCGAUGGAGGACAAGGAGAUGGAUCUUCUCGUGGCCAGUUGGAUGGCAAGACUAUGGCGACAGUCUGCAAGCGAGACCAAAGAGCCCAUGACUUGGUCGGAUGUCAAGCAAAUAGGCAAGAUUGCGCUCAAUAGCAACAGAUGGAAUCUAUGGUAG